UGCAGGAGUAUGGCUCACCUUCAUCACACCAUCACGAUCGCCAUCGUGCUGUUGUCCUGCUGUUCGAUCCGGAGCGACGCUACCAUUUCACCGCAAGUGAUCGCCACGCAGCAGGCCCUCUAUAGAGAGCUGCAACUUCUGGAACAAAGCCCACUGCAUUCCGAGCAAUCAUUACCAUCCGAUGGCAAACCACAGCAGCAGACCAGGGAAGAGCUGCGGUCCGUGUUUCGAGAGUUUGAGCGCCAGAAUCAGGAAAGCCUUACGACCAUCCUGCAAGUGCUAGCCCUAGUAGAUCACACGCUCGAGAACACGAUCAAAGAUUGUGCGAAAAUCUUCGAUCUUUCCUCGCUGGAGCGGAACAACGUUAUCUUCCGACAGGUUACGCGGCCACUGCUGGUACAGGUGGAACAGCUUUGUCAGUUGUUGGCUUCCGAGCAGCUCGACCAGCUCGAAACCACCAUGGAGCGAGUCGAGCGGGAAGCGACCAUCUAUAGGAAGCGAUUGGACCAGACGCAACAGCAUAUGCGGUAUGUUAAGGGCUGGCUAGACGACCGGGAACCGGCUGGAGCGAGUCUACUUGAGCAGCGUGUUGCUGAGUUAUACUCGCGCUGGUUGCAAGCGAACACCACCGUACACCGUGAGGUUCGGAUCGCUAUCGAUCUCGCAAUCGGUAAACUACGCCACGCAAUCAAUGAGUCGCAUGGUGCCGGCAAUUUUAACGGAGAGGAGGAUCCCGCCUUCCGGCCCAUUAUUGACAACUUUGCAUUACGCUUCGAGAAUGAAACCAGCGAACUGGCAGUCGAUCUGUUAGAGGUUUUCGAUGAGUGGUUAAACCAAACGGAAGAGCUGUUUGACGUUGUAUCGGCGGAGCUUAUGAGUAUACUUGAUCGGAUAGUUGAGAUUCCAGUGAAAGCGUUGCUACGGGGAGAAACGACGCUCGGGUGUCUGGCCGAAUACGCUGGCUAUGGUAGUGUGAACAGUGUUCGGAUAGAGGUAGAGAACAUAUACGAAUGCCUCAGCGAUGAAGGGGAUAUGCUGAGUUCUCUUGCAGUAACGAAGCGCUUGCUGGAGCUCACUGGGCGCGAAGUGCAGGUCUUGCUGCAGGGACUAGCGCACUGCACUGCAAGACGAUCACCUUCGGAAAUGGACGAAUUCGUUAUAAGCCUGCUCGCCAAUUGCUCGGAUGCGGCAAGCAUAAUUUUGGAAGGAGCCGGGGAAUUUGUUGCCUCCAAAAUGAACGAGAUCUAUUACCACUUUGAGGACAUGAUGAACUUUAGUGAGCUAAAAAUGGAAGCGUGCCUGUAUGGGAAAGCAAGGGAGCUGAUUUUGGAUGUAUUUUCUGUCAAUCAGCACUACCAGCAAUGCAAUAUGAAGAAUGGUUUAUUGUCACCUCAAGUAGUAACAGUCAGACCGGAGAGUACGUCUGAAUUCGAUGAAGUUUAAUGAUUUUAAUGACUAAGGCAAUGUUACAAAAUAAUAGUCCUGCCUUUCUUUGUUUCUGAUGAGUGAUAUAACGAUAUGGAAAGCCACAAUAACGUCAGUACCGUCAACCGAUAAUCAAGUUUAAAGGAUUAGUAAUAGCGUAUCUAAGCGACUUGAUUGGUUGGACAUAAUUCAUUCAAUGGCUAAUCUUGAAUUGAUGACUGUUAAAAAGGUUACCAUA